AUGUAUUACAGAAACAAAAAUCUGAAGCCAAGAGAUGUUUAAUCAGCUUUCUAAAAUAUUGCCAAACAAGACAACAAGUUUAUAGACUCAUUCUGGGUUGAUCUCACAAAGCAAUUAACUCAACAACAGAAUGAUCUCAAUCUAAAAACUAUCAAUUAAUGCUCAGUUAGAACAGAAGUCAUAACCAAGGAUUUGAAUGAAAGGCUCAAGAAAAUGUAAAUUAAAAAGAGACUAAAUCAACUCCUAGUUGAUUAACGUCUGAUAGAGCAAGAAGAUGAAUAAUUCAUGAAACAACAAUGCCUCACACCUACUAUUACAUCGGGAAAUUAGAACAAUAUUUCUGCGUCGCUUGCAUUUGGGAGCAUGAACUAAAAAUCUUUCUCUUAAUUGGCUGCUAAUCAAAUUCUUUAAGAAUAAAACACACUACCCGAAACUCCGUGUUCUAUGAGCCAAGGACCAUCUGAAAUCACGAAGAGAUAACUCAAGUAGGUAAUAUAAAAGAAAUUUAAAAAAAUUGCAGACAAAAUUAUUAUUGACAGGGCUCCAACUCAAUAAAGGAAAGUUUAAAAGAAAACAUCGUUUAACAUGAAUAACAUGAGUCCCCUCUCUCAUUUGAAAGAUGGCUUUAGAGCUAAAUCUUCUAGUAGCAAAUCAGUUCGACCUUCACCUUUAGUAAAUAUGGAAUCUAUAAAAUGCUAACUAUUCCAACAAAGAAGGCUGAGUAUAAUAAGCUAAGAUACAGAAUAAUCGACACAGUCAGUUGGAUAAAAUAUUUUAUUAAGAAAAGCGAUAACUUAUAAAGAUGAUUCUCCUCUUAUUUAGAACCCUCUCAUCAAAUCUCAAUCUUCUAAUAAUGACAAUCAUAAGGACUAAGAUGAAUUAAUAACACAAGCAAGCAACCAAAACUCGUAAAUAAACUAGCAAUACACCAACAACUAAACAGCAAGAAAUGAUGACGCACACCAAUCAUAAUAGUUCCAGCUAAAAUUGCAAUUAACUAAGAACAAUAAGAAAUUCACGCCAAAGAGGCUUGAGACUAUAGUUGAACCUAGUAUGGAAUUCAAAGAAGACAUCUCCGAAACUAUUAGUGAAGAAGAAUCCUCUAUUUUUCAGUUUAUGUCAAGUGACUCAGAAAUAAAAGGAGAGUAAAUAAAGACAGAGCAACUAAACUCAAGAAUGAUGGUUGAUGAAUCAGUAUUUAGAGACAUAACCUUUUAUCACCGCUAGGAAACAAGAGAGACUCAUGAGUUAUUCACUACACAACUCGUCAUUAGUAAUGAAGAAGCUUAUCAUCAUGAGACAUACAAAGACUAAAACUCUAAAAUAAAUUAUUAAUCGUACAAUAAAGCUAAAUAAUAAUAGUAAUGCAAGCCAAAAGAUUGCUAGAUUUCAUUUGGUUUAGCCAUUAAUUAUAAAAUCAAUAACAAAAUGUAAUGA